AUGUCCAACAGCAGCUCCAUCACUGAGUUCCUCCUCCUGGCAUUUGCAGACACACGGGAGUUGCAGCUCUUGACCUUCUGGCUCUUCCUGGGCAUCUACCUGGCUGCCCUCGUGGGCAAUGGCCUCAUCAUCACUGCCAUAGCCUGCAACCGCCGCCUCCACACCCCCAUGUACUUCUUCCUUCUCACCCUCUCCCUCUCCGUUCUUGACCUGGGUUGCAUCUCCACCACUGUUCCCAAAGCCAUGGCCAAUUUCUUCUGGCACAUCAGCUGCAUCUCCUACUGGGGGUGUGCUACACAGACCCCCUCCAUCUCUUCCACAUCCCUGGACUUGGCAGUGUCAUUAUUGUAUUCGGUGGUGCCUCCAGCAGUGAACCCGCUCAUCUACAGCAUGAGGAACCAGGAGAUCAAGGCUGCUCUAAGGAAACUUGAUGACUGGAUG